AUGUCGGGGCAGCGGGAGGAGCGGGAGCUGCAGGGCUUCCUGCGGGACGUGGAUGAAGUCGCCGCCUUGAUUGAAGGCCUGAAAUCCGAAGAUCCCGCCGUCCAGGAAAAAGCCAUGGCAGCGACGGAGAAGAGACUCCGGUCUGUUUCGGGCAAGGACGGGAAGAAGCCGAAGCCGAAAGUGGAUAGGACGGUGAUCAACACGCAGCCCUCACCGGGAUUGGCAAGUCAAGAGGAAACCAUGAACCCAGAGAGCUUCCUGGUGGCUUUAGAGAAGGAUGCCCAGGAGCGAGCCAGGAGGAGGAAAGAAAACGAAGCCUCGGCAAACGCCCUGAGAGAGAAGGGGAACGACGCUUUCAGCCGAGGGGACUACGCUUCGGCUGUGCAAAACUACACGGAAGGCCUGAAGAAGCAGAAGGACAUGCCCGCCUUGUACACCAACCGAGCCCAGGCCUACAUCAAGUUGCAGAAGUACGGGAAAGCCAUUCACGACUGCAGCUGGGCUUUGAGGUGCGACGAGAAAUGCACCAAGGCUCUCUUCCACAUGGGGAAGGCGUACCUGGCCAAGAAGCACUUCCAGCAGGCCAGAGAAUGCUACCUGAAGAUUUUAGAAAUUGACCCCCAGAAGGAGAAGCUGUGCAAAGAUUGCAUCAAUGAAAUAGACCUGGAGGAGAAAAAACUCCACCAGGAGGAGAGAGCAUCGGAGGAUCUCAAGUCUGGGAAACUCACCGCCGUUGCCGUGAAUGAGAUGCUUCAGAAACUCAGCAAGCCGGACCAGGACCCUCUCUAUUACACAGGAGGCAUUCGGCUUCUGACGGACCUGGUUCAAGCCUGCACCGAGCAAACUUUGUUUAGGACGAACGGUGGUUUUGGCAUCAUCAGCGACAACAAGGUCAUAGAACGGGUUCUCAGCGCCAAGAUCACCUCGCCUGCCGAACUGGAGCUGGUGUGCGCCCUGCUUCUCCUCUGGCAAGCCGCCUGCAAAGGGAACGAGGAGAACCAGCGGCUGCUUCUGACUCACCCCAGUGUCAACGCUCAGCUUCCCGCUUUGCUGUGCUCGGAGGCGCCCGACGUCCAGGAACAGUGCAUGGCUCUGCUCUCCCUCUACGCCCAGACGGAGCACGGGAGGACCCUCUUAAUCAGGCAUCUCAACACCACCAAGUGGCUACAGACAUUGAUAUCCUUAGUUAAAGUUGCUGAUGGCAGAGCUGACAGCGCGAUGAAUUUGCUGACCCAUUUAAUCCAGGAAGAAAACUUCAAAAUCCAGUGCCGUAUCAAACUGUCCACGGAGGCCUUGCCAAUUUUUAUUCAGUUGCUGAGCUCUUCCAAGCCCUUGAACGAGACGGUCCUUAGCCGCUGCAUCGCCCUCAUGGGGGAUCUCUGCUCAGACGUGGUCAUCCGGAUGCAGAUGACUGAGAACCCGGAAUGCUGGCAAGCUUGCUUGAGCUUCGUGAAUCAAUGCUUCAAUGAAAACAGCUUCGCCAGAUAUCCCGAGUGUUUGCACGCAAUCCUAGGCCUUAUGAUGAACCUCUCCCUGGAGCCCAACUCAGUCAUUGAGGAACUGGCCACGGAAAUCACUGACACGUGCAUGUCUCUCUUCAACAGCCCGGACGGGAGGAUCGUCACAAGAGCCGUGGGGCUUUUGAGCCACGUCCUGAAGGCCAGCCCGGUGGCUCUGGAAGAAGCCGUGAGGCAAGACGUGGUGAGGAGAAUGAUCCGGUUCCUGAAGGCUGGCGGGCAAACCACAACGGAUUAUGCCAUGAAGGUCCUUGCCACUUGUGCCAAGGGUAGCCGGUUGGCUUCGAUGCAGAUGGUGAAACUGGAUAAAAAAUGCAGGCUGUUGACGAAGCUUCUGUCCUGCCCGAACGAGGCGGUGGCAGGGAACGCUGCUUUCUGCCUGGGGAAAUGCCUGGAGGUGCCCGGGACAGCCACCAACUUGCUCGACACGGACGUGGUCAGGAUCCUGCUGAGAGCCACCACCCGCGAUGCCCAAAACCCCCACGGGCAAGAGAACGCCACCAUAGCCUUAGGGAAACUCUGUGCCUCUGACGCCAGGCACACCAGCCGGCUGCGAGAGCUGAACGGAAUGGCGGCCCUGACUGCUUCCAUCAGGAAGAUGCCAGACCCUUAG